AUUUACAAGGGCGUUACAGAUGUCCACGGUCCGGUCUCUCUGCCCCUGGGCGCUAUAAAUAGUAAAGGUUAAUUAGUUAGCUGAGAAAUUGGAUCAGGGGCGGGCAGUUAGAAUUUGAUCCAUAGACAGGUAACUCAAGCAAUCCCUAUUGUCACUGCAAUCAGACCUAUAUAAAUCCGCCUUUACGGACAGCAGUCACCACACAGCCUUACCCUCUCUGCUGGAUCACCGACCGGGCAAGAAACCCAUAACACGGAAUAAAAUGUCGCUCUCAUCUAUCCUUUCCGCUGAUGCCAUCGACAGUGCUAUCAAGGACUGCCAAGCACCAGACUCUUUCUGCCCCAAGAAGUUUUUCCAGCUGUGUGGCCUCUCCAAGAAGAGCCCCCAGGAUGUGAAGAAGGUUUUUGGGAUCCUGGACAAUGACGCCAGUGGCUUUAUUGAGGAGGAAGAGCUCAAGUUUUUCCUCCAGAGGUUCUCUCCUGGGGCUCGUGUUCUGACAGACACGGAGACCAAGGCCUUCCUGUGUGCUGCUGAUGACGAUAGCGAUGGCCGGAUUGGAGCAGAAGAGUUCCAGGCCAUGGUCUUGUCCUAAACACCUGGACGCCAUCUCUCCAGUCUGAUCCCGCUACCGCCCUUAUUCCACUACUUCAAGGGCUAUCUUAGUUUUAGUCAAUCUUUUACCAUCUGGUUAGAUAAAAUUUUUUAAUUCUUUUUAUUUUGCAGGACUCGCUCCAGGCCACAGACAUCCACAUUCUCAUAAUGUUCUUAGUUUUUUUUUUUUUUUCACGUGUCACACUUCAUAAAGCUGUAUUGCCCAAAUAAAUGUACAAUUUACCAAAUUACUGAGAAAAUAAA